AUGCGCGUCACGAGCCUAAAGAUAAAUUCUAAUCAACCUUUAAGAAUUGCUACACUUGAUGAAUAUCGAAAAGUCUUAUCGAAGCCAGACGCCAUACUUGAAGAAAACAUAUAUACAGAUGCUUUAUCAGAAUAUUUGAAAUUAGGUGGAGCACCUAUGGAUGCAGUUAAUUUACUAUCAGAAUCAUACCUUGGUAUACCUUCCAUGUGUAAUGCCAUUGCUGAAUCUGUAAAUUCUAUAGGAUUGAAUAAGGAUUUGAUCAUGAGACGAGCCAUUCGGACUUUAUUAACAGAACGAUUCGAUCCUCAACUUCAUGAUGAACCUCUUAUGAAGUUUUAUGAAGAUAAAGCGCCUGAAAAGCUGGAUAGUUUAUUUCAAGAUUCAGAAUGGAGACAAACCAUGUAUCGAUUAUUGGAAAAAUAUCCCAAUUCUGCUUUUGUUAAUUUUGUUGUUUUACGUAUGGUCGAAGCAGGUUAUGAAAAAGAAAUCUCAAAAUUAAGGACGUCAUCAACUUAUAUGAAAGUAUAUAAUUUGAUCUUGAAUGAUGCAUUAUCAGAACUUGUUACAAAAGAUGAUUUAGAGUUUGAUGAAGACUUGCCACGAUUAAUUAAUAUCUGUUGUGAAAGAGAAGAUACAUACUUAUAUACGCAAAUAUUGCUUCGUAGAUUAUACGAUGAAUAUGGAGUAAAGACAUUUAAUCGUCUUCGUAGAGAAUUAGAACUUGUCGCUAAAAAGAGAGGAAACACAGUGGUUGUUGAUAUUCUACAUACAAAUAUUAGUGAUGCACCUUUAGAAUUAUCAAAAACUAUGAAAAACAUGAUGAAUUCUUCAAAUAUUACUCAGGGCGAUCUUAUUGCUUUGAAACGAUUUUAUUUAUCAGAAAAUCCACCAGCAACACAUUAUUUAUGCAAUUAUGAUUUCAUAUUAAAGUUAUUAAAAGUGCUUUAUGUGCCUCAGCAUGGAACAUUAUUAAGACGUGAUUUAGUAGAUGAUACAACGUUUAUUAUUGCUUAUGCGACUACUAUGAAUGAUACCAAGCCUAGAAAUGAACAACAAGACGAUAUUUUAAAAAUACAACUUGUGUUAAAGGAUCUAUACACUGCAUUAGCUAACAAAACAAUAGUAGGAAGUAUUACAGGAGCUACAAAAUAUAUUAUUAGCGCUAUUCGAUUUCCAGUUGGAUCAAUGGGUGUUUUAUUAUGGAUUGAAUACAUGGCUAUACAUACAUCUUAUUUUGAAACAUACUUUCGCACAAAGGAACCACCUGUUCUAUUGUUAAUAUUAGAUGAAAUUGCUAGUCGACAUCAAUUACAGCAACCUGUAGUAUUUAGUGUUAUUAAACGAUGUGUUAAACAUAAAACAGAUAAUUUUGCACCAGAGCUUCAAUUAUCAUUACAAAGGGCUUGGGUAGAUCGAAUGCUUUAUUUAGUCCAAUUACAUUAUACAAUUCCUGUAUUAAAAUACUUUAGUGGUCCAGGACGUGAAUUAGAUGAUAGUCUAAUUAUUUACUUUAUCAAGAAGGUCUUAAAAUUGGCUCAGCCACCUUAUACUUCUCUGUUUAUUCAUCAUAUGGUUCUUAUUCUUGAGUCUCUUGUUCAAAAUUUAAAUUUGAUUAAAGAUGUUCAACAAUUAGUUAUCAACUUUUUAGAACAAUCUUUGCACGGACAAGAGGAUCUUGAUGACAAAUUACAGACAAAGAUUAAUGAAAUUAUUAGUCAAUUACAUAAAGAAUUAAAAAAGCAAAGGAUUGAAGAUACUGAAUUUGAUUUUGAAGAUACUGAAGAAAAGCUUGCAGGCGUCUUUUCUUCUGAUGAUUCUGAUAAUUCAGAUUCAGAGGAUGAACAAACAAAGAGAUACAAAAAGCGAGCAAGGAAAGUUUUAAUUAAAACGAUGAAUGAAUUAGCAGAUGCAGCUGGAUCAUCUGAGGAUGAGGAUGAAGAUGAAGACGAGGAUGAAGAAGAUAAUAAGACCGAUGAAGAAGAAGAAGAAGAAAACGAUACUAGUGAUGAAGAAAUGAUCGAGACUUAUUCAUGUGACAUUUGUCCAGAUAAAAAGUUAAAGACAGAAAAGCAAGUUGAAGAUCAUUUACAAAGUAAAUCACAUUUAAGACGUUUGAGAUAUUUGGAAAGACAAAAAGAGGACAGAACAGAAAAAGAAAAAGAAGAGUUAACAAAAGAAAAGGAAGAAGCAAGAUUAUUGAAGAAAAGGGAAAAGGACAGAAAGCGUCGUUUAAUAUUUAAAAAAAAGAAGAAGGCACGUCUUCAAGCAGCAUUAAAAGCAGCAGAGGCUGCCUCCAAACAGGAGAAGGAAGAGAAGAAGGAAAAAACAAGUGUAGAAAAGGAAAAGAAGACAGUAAAAGCUAAGAAGGAAAAGAAGAAGGAAAAGAAGACAGUAGAAGCUAAGAAAGAAGAGAAGAAGGAAAAGAAGACAGUAGAAGCUAAGAAGGAAGAUAAAAAGAAUAGAAAAAGAGAUAGCAAGAAAACUAACAAAUAA